GGGGGCUUGGAUUGGGUACAGAGCUCAGCACGAGCCAGGUGGAGACAGUUUGCACCCAGAUCCAUUUGCUGAUAAAGCCAGCGCCUGCCGCUCACCCAGAGAGAAGAGCUGAUCUGCUGCUGCUAUUAGUGCAAAGCUCCUACCGUGGCAACCGGCCCUGCCGGCCUCACAUGCACACAGCUCUGCGGCCAGCCAGAGCCCUCCUGUACCUAGGAGCUGCCCGGGGACUGCAGGGAGCAGCUCUAUAGCGCGCAAGCCCCUUGCCAAGCUGCUGAGCGACUCAUUAUCCCCAGGCGGCGGAGAGGGGGGGAGCCGGGGAGCCCCCCGGCUUUGCUUGGGAUUGCAGGAGAUUAGUGGGGUAGUUUGCUCAUCCCCCGGGCGGAACUGCUGCCGCGUGCUGGGGGCAGGGCGAGGGGGCCCACCCGGCGCAGGCUGGCGAAGCCCAGGAAGGGUCCCUGGGCUGGGGCAGCACAGAGCCGCGCACAGCAAAGCAACCUGGAAACCCGACACUAGUUUCACUCCUCUGGUAAGCCCAGGCCCCGGGGUCUUUGCAUGGGAGCUGCUGCACGGGCAGGGGCUGCCAGAGCGAAACAGGAGGUAGCAAGAGCCCGCCCCCACCCUGCCUGCUGCCCAGGUGCAGGUAUCCAGUGGGUAGGUCAAUGCAUGCAGCUGCUGCCGAGUCUCCUGCCGCCUCCCUGCUCUCCCACAGGAACUGAUAUCUGAGAUGCUUCCAUUAACUGGGAAAACAAUAAUAUUUGAUAGUUUUCCUGAUCCUUCAGAAACAUGGGAAAUAAUUGAGACUAUUGGUAAAGGAACAUAUGGCAAAGUUUUUAAGGUGUUGAACAAAAUAAAUGGCAGCAAAGCAGCAGUCAAAAUCUUGGACCCAGUUCACGAUAUUGAUGAAGAAAUUGAAGCCGAGUACAACAUUUUGAAAGCUCUCUCUGAUCAUCCCAACGUAGUCAAGUUCUAUGGAAUGUACUACAAGAAAGAUGUGAAGAAUGGAGACCAACUUUGGCUGGUUCUUGAGCUAUGCAAUGGAGGAUCUGUGACUGAUCUGGUGAAAGGAUUUUUGAAGAGAGGUGAAAGGAUGGACGAACUUGUAAUUGCUUAUAUUUUACAUGAAGCUCUUAUGGGGCUUCAGCAUUUGCAUGAAAACAAAACCAUCCACCGUGAUGUAAAAGGAAAUAAUAUCCUAUUGACCACUGAAGGAGGCGUUAAACUUGUGGAUUUUGGUGUGUCUGCUCAGCUGACCAGCAGUCAUCUCCGUCGGAACACGUCUGUGGGCACCCCUUUUUGGAUGGCUCCAGAGGUCAUUGCAUGUGAGCAGCAGCUGGACAGCUCCUAUGAUGCCAGAUGCGAUGCAUGGUCACUGGGUAUCACUGCCAUAGAGCUAGGAGAUGGAGAUCCACCUCUUGCUGACUUGCAUCCUAUGAGAGCACUUUUCAAAAUACCAAGAAAUCCACCUCCAACAUUACGCCAACCGGAGCUGUGGUCAUCGCAGUUCAAUGACUUUAUUAACAAGUGCUUGACUAAAGAUUAUGAGAAACGCCCGACAAUAUCUGAUCUUUUGCAGCAUAACUUCAUUAAGCAAAUCGAGGGCAAGGAGAAAGCAUUACAGAAGCAGCUUAUGGAAUUUAUUGAUGUUCAUCAACAAAUGGGAGUCAUUGAAAAGGCAAGGCUGCUGCCAGGACACAGCUACUAUAGUGUACAUCUCUUCUUUUGUAGAUUUGAGCGAGUUCAUACUAAGAAAGGGGACUACAGUAAGUCUCUAGCCUCAGACCAGGAGGACGUAGAUGAUUUAGCAACCUUGGAGGUACUGGAUGAGAAUACCGUAACAGAGCAGUUGCAGAAGAGCUAUGCGAGGGAUCAGAUCUACACAUAUGUAGGAGACAUUCUCAUCGCUGUCAAUCCAUUUAGGAACUUAGACCUUUAUUCUGCACAGCAUUCCAAACUGUAUAUUGGAGCAAAGCGGACUGCCAAUCCUCCCCACAUCUUUGCUGUGGCUGACAUUGUAUACCAAUCCAUGGUAACAUACAACUCGGAUCAGGUACAGUGUAUUGUCAUUUCUGGGGAAAGUGGAGCUGGCAAGACGCAGAGUGCCCACCUCCUGGUUCAGCAGCUCACGGUCUUGGGAAAGGCUAAUAAUAGGACUCUCCAGGAGAAGAUACUCCAAGUGAACAAUCUUGUAGAGGCAUUUGGAAAUGCAGGCACUAUUAUCAAUGAUAACUCCAGCAGAUUUGGAAAGUACUUAGAAAUGAAAUUCACUUGUGGAGGAACUGUAGUAGGAGCUCAAAUUUCAGAAUACCUCCUUGAAAAAUCCAGAGUUGUCCAUCAGGCUGUGGGAGAGAGAAAUUUCCAUAUUUUUUAUUACAUUUAUGCUGGUUUAGCAGAAAAGAAAAAACUGGCACAUUAUAAACUGCCAGAGUAUAAGCCACCCAGGUAUCUGCAAAAUGAACAUCUCCGAACAGCUCAAGAUUUUAUGAACAACAAUUUCUAUAAGUCUCAGUUUGAAUUAAUUGAGCAGUGCUUCAAAGUCAUAGGUUUUACAAUGGAGGAACUUGGCAGUGUGUACAGUAUUCUUGCUGCAAUUUUAAACGUGGGUAACAUUGAGUUUUCUUCAGUGGUAUCUGAGCACACGAUUGACAAGAGCAAUAUUUCCAAUCCAGUCGCACUUGAGAAUUGUGCUUCCUUGCUGUGCAUUCAGUCAGAUGAACUGCAAGAAGCUCUCACCUCCUACUGCGUGGUGACUCGAGGGGAAACCAUUAUCCUUCCCAACACCGUGGAAAAAGCUAUUGAUGUCAGAGAUGCCAUGGCCAAAGCAUUAUAUGGGCGUCUCUUUAGUUGGAUAGUCAAUCGCAUCAAUACUUUACUCAAGCCAGACAAACUUUUAAGCGAAAAUGAUGAUGGGUUGAACAUUGGGAUUCUUGAUAUUUUUGGCUUUGAAAAUUUCAAAAAAAAUUCUUUCGAACAACUGUGUAUCAACAUUGCCAAUGAACAGAUUCAGUUCUACUUCAAUCAACAUGUAUUUGCCUGGGAACAGAAUGAAUACCUAUAUGAAGGUGUUGAUGCAAGAGUUAUAGAGUAUGAGGACAACCGGCCUCUCUUAGAUAUGUUCCUCCAGAAACCAAUGGGUUUAUUGUCUCUCCUUGAUGAGGAAAGUCGAUUCCCACGAGCAACUGAUCAGACGCUUGUAGAAAAAUUUGAAGAUAACUUGAAGUCAAAAUACUUUUGGAGACCCAAAAGAGUAGACCUAACCUUUGGGAUUUACCAUUAUGCAGGAAAGGUUCUUUAUAAUGCAAGUGGAUUCUUAGCCAAAAACAGAAAUACCUUGCCAGCUGACAUUGUGCUGCUGUUGCGGUCAUCAGAAAACAAUCUGACUAGACAGCUGGUAACCCAUCCUCUUACCAAAACAGGUAACCUAGCACAUACCAAAAGCAAAAGUGCAAUAAACUACCAGAUGUGGACCCCCCAAAAAUCAAUCAGUCGUACUAAGAAUGAAACUGAAGAUACUACACCUCAUCCAAGAGAGACGACCAGUAUGAAAACACAGACAGUCGCUUCUUAUUUUAGAUAUUCUCUGAUGGAUUUAUUAUCCAAGAUGGUGGUUGGCCAGCCUCAUUUUGUCCGUUGCAUCAAGCCAAACAAUGAUCGGCAGGCACACAAGUAUGACAAAGAGAAGGUACUGGUACAGCUACGCUAUACGGGAAUUCUGGAGACGGCAAGAAUUCGGAGACAGGGUUAUUCCCAUCGCAUACUGUUUGCUAACUUCAUAAAACGGUAUUACCUCAUCUGCUACAAAACAAAUGAUGAUCCUCCCGUCAGCCCUGAAACCUGUGCUGCUAUCUUAGAAAAAGCCCGCCUUGACAACUGGGUUCUCGGAAAAACCAAAGUGUUCCUUAAAUACUAUCAUGUGGAGCAGUUGAAUUUAAUGAGAAAGGAGACGGUUGACAGGAUUGUUUUGAUUCAGGCCUAUGUCAGAGGGUGGCUAGGUUCAAAGAGAUACAAAAAAUUAAAGGAGAAAAGGGAAGAAAGUGCUAUUAAAAUACAGUCAGUUUACAGGGGCUUUGUUGCUCGUAAAGAAUAUGAAAAAGGAAAAAAUAAAUACAAAAUGGAAACAUUUAUUACCAGACUUCAAGCAGUUGCAAGAGGAUACUUAAUCAGAAAGAAAAGGAAAGAAAUAACAGAUGCAUCGAACAAAGCAGCGACAACAAUUCAAUCUCACUACAGGGGAUAUAGGGAGAGGAAAAGCUUCAAAAAGAAAAGGGAAUCACUUCUGAAGAAGGAACAAACUAAAAAUGCAGUCUCCAUUAUUGAAAAAGAUGAGCAACCUCAAGACAAUAAAGAAAACCCAGCUGUGAUGACAAACUCUCCUUCUCCAGCUGAAGAGGAAGCAGCUGUUAUUGUUCAGAGUAACUACAGAGGCUACAGAGAGCGUAAAAAAAUAAAGGAGCAACACACAAAACUAGCAGAUCAAGUGUCUUCUCCAGUGGAAAACUUGAAACCAGAAGUAAAGUCAGGUCAAAAUGUAGUGCAGGAAGCUGAGGCUGAAACAGACAGAAAAGGUAAGGCAGCUAUUUUCAGUCAGAGCAGCUACCCAGGACACCCAGACAGACAGAACCUAGAGGAAAAAAGGAAAAUGCCUCCAAGAAGAGAGAGCGUUUCUAUGAAACAAAACCCUCCAGGGCAGCAUCCAAAGGAAGGCAAAAAACAGGCCUCUUUGAAGCAGUCAUCUAAAAAAAUGACAGAACGAGGCCUCCGAGAUCUGACUCAUCAGGAAACAAUCAGCACAGAUGAGCAAAACCAACUGUCUGUUGUUGUUCAGAAUAAGUAUGACAGUCACUUGGAGAGAAAACAUCUGACGCAGGAAGGGAUAAUACCUGGUGAAAAUAAAGGAAGUAUAAGGAAAGACUCAGUAAGAGGCUCACAGAAACAAGCUGAGCCAGAAAAACAAGGUUCAGAAGACAAAGACAAGGCAGCAGUGGUAAUUCAGAGUAAUUAUCGAGGUUACAGAAGAAGGGGGCAACUCAGAAAAGAAGGGAAAUUACCUUCUAAAAGUCAAGAGAGAGCUAGUGGAGAGCCAACUGAAGUAGCACAUAUUCAAAAUAAUGAUCCCAAGGCAACAAAAGAUAGAGAAAGGUCUAAUACUCAGGCCGAGAGCCAUAAGAAUCUAAAGGAUGGCUCAGCAAAAGAGGCUUGUGAUUUGGCAGCCUUUUCAAGACAGAUAUCAAAAUUGUCCGAAGACUAUUUGGCACUGCAGCAAAAGUUGAAUGAAAUGAUUUUGUCACAUCAGCUGAGGACCGUGAUGCUGUCCAAAGAUAAACAAACAAAUGGCCGACUUUCUCCUCAUGUGUGUCAAUCAGUUGCCACCAAAUCAGAGGACUUUCAUCCCCUACAGCGACCCCCAAGGAGACAGCGGAAACCCAAAACUUUAAAUAAUCCUGAAGACUCCACAUACUAUACUCUAAUACAUAAAUCAAUCCAAGAAGAAAAACGGAAACCAAGAAAAAACAGUCUGGGCAAAGUGCUGGAUUUAGAAGAUUUCUAUUACCAAGAAAUUUCAUCAAGUGAUUCCAUCUCAAAUGAUAGUAAUUCUAGCACAAGAGAAAAGAAGCCACCAGUGGAGCUCAGCGAUUCAUCUUUAACUAUUACUGAAGGGUCAAGGGUUGCAGAGAGCCCCCUGGACGAGAGGAAAACUGAAGAUAAUCCCUAUGACUACAGAAAACUGCUACGGAAAACCUCUCAGCGCCGGCGCCUUAUCCAGCAGUUUUAGCUGCUGCUGCCAUUUGGCUUUUAUUAGCAUAAUCUUUUUUUAUGAUUUUGUACCAUAUGCUUUUUUUUGGUAUUGUUAUCUCUAAUAUUUCAGGUUUACAGUGAAUAUGAAUUAUUGUAGUUUACAGCCCAACACUGUUUUAAAGGGACACUGUCACGUUAAGAAUUGUAAAUUUAAAAAGAAUCUUGCUGAUGUUACUUAUUAAUAUACUUUAGAUUACUAAAAUAGAAAUCAUUUUUAAAAACAAAUGUACUUACUGUAUAUUGUUUUCCUUUUUACAUUUCUCUCAUUUUAUACAAAAUAGACUAGUCGGUUUCUCUUUUGUUUAUAGUCAUUUCCUAGUGAAGUGAGUUUUCAGGUUCCCAUGCACUAGCACAAUGCUAGCACACCAACACAAAAUGAUUUUUUUAAAAUAAAUUACUUCACUGGAUUUUUUUAAGAAUUCCAAAGAAGAAUUUCUUUUGGUUUUAAAUCUACAAUGCCUAAAUUUUGGGCCAAAUCUGCAUGUGAUAAGUGUCCCUUUAAUACAAACGAAUAUAAAUUCUUGUUUGGUAGUAUAUUAUAUAUCAAUUUAUUUUCUUAUUGACUUUAACUACAGUAAAGCUACUGAGGGAAGGUGUUUAAAGGACAGUAUAGGAUGUAUAUUCUUUACCUUGGAAAUGUUUAUAUACAGGGAAAUAAAUCUUGUUUGCUUUGUUCUCCUUUUUAAAUUUGCAUUGGAUUUUUAGGACUCUUGAUCUCAGAGAAACUGAGAAGUGGCUAGGAAAAUGUGGAUUGGUCUAUUGCUGCCUAAAAUGCAAAAACCAUUCUUAAUUCCACCAGAAGUGUAUUGGGUACAAAGUAGCCACCACUUUAUUCAAAAUUUCACCCAAAUUCCUAUUUUUAAAGAAAUUAUUUUAGAGAAAGGAUGUAGAUAACUGGAACAUUCACAUUUGUGAUUGACAGUGAUUAACAGCUGCAUGUUCCGAGCUGCCAGGCAAGAAUGGCAGAUUUUACCAGGCCAAUACUCUGAGCAGUGUAAGAGAUGAAUCCUGCUCCCUUACUCAGGCCAGGUGUCCUAUUGCAGUGAUUACUGGUGGGAGUAAAACCAGUGGGGUAGAGCUCUGCACAAACUAUCUUUAGACACUUCUGGCACUAAUUUAGCUCUCUUUCCAUAGACAUGUAAUUGGUGCUUCGUAUUUUUACAGUAGUUAAAAGAUUAAAAGCCAUGUUUAAAUUGCUGCAGUGUACAAUGUGCUAGAAAACAUCGGGUUUGAUUUUUAAAGUCCUCUUAAAAUUGCUCUCCCCAUUAUUACAAUGGCAAAAUAAAUAAACAACAAUACAAAAGUCA